GGGAGGAGGAGGAGGAGGAGGAGGAGGGCUCUGGAGAAGCCGGGGUCGAGCCGCCCGUCUUUGGACCGCGGCCUCCGGCCACCGGGCUGCCUUCCCUUGCCUUGCCCCGGAUUGCAUUGCGUUGCGUUGCGCGGGCUUUGCAAAGCGGGCGCUGCGCGGUCCUUGGGAGCCCCGGCGAGGGGGGCGCCGCCUAUGAAGGGCUCUGCCGGGGCGAUGGAGGGCCUGGGGGGCCUGGCCUCGGGGGUCUCGGCGCUGGAGAAGAGCGUGGCCGACUUGACCGUGAUGGACGUCUACGACAUCGCCUCGCUGGUGGGCCAGGAGUUCGAGCGGCUCAUUGACCAGCACGGCUGCGAGGCCAUCGGGAGGCUGAUGCCCAAAGUGGUGCGGGUGCUGGAGAUCCUGGAGGUGCUGGUCAGCCGAGACCACAUCAGCCCCGAGGUGGAAGAGCUGCGCCUGGAGCUGGACCGACUCCGCCUGGAGCGAGUCGACCGGCUGGAGAAGGAGAGGAAGCACCAGAAGGAGCUGGAACUGGUGGAGGAUGUUUGGCGAGGAGAAGCCCAGGACCUCCUCACCCAGAUUGCCCAGCUUCAAGAGGAGAACAAGCAGCUGAUGACCAACCUCACCAACAAGGACGUGAACUUCUCGGAGGAAGAAUUCCAGAAACACGAAGGGAUGUCAGAAAGAGAGAGGCAAGUGAUGAAAAAGCUGAAGGAAGUGGUGGACAAGCAGCGGGAUGAAAUCCGGGCGAAGGACAGAGAACUGGGACUUAAAAACGAAGACGUAGAAGCACUCCAGCAGCAGCAAAACAGGUUGAUGAAGAUAAACCACGAUCUGCGGCACCGGAUUACCGUCGUGGAAGCUCAGGGGAAGGCGUUGAUUGAGCAGAAAGUAGAGCUGGAAGCCUAUUUGCAAACCAAAGAGCAAGAGAUGGCGGUGUUGAGAGCGGAGCUGGGAAAAUUGCGGGAGAAACUGCAGGGGGAACCGAGUCACAACGGAGAAGAAGCACGGCUGGAAGAACCCCAGAACCCUGAGGAGUUCCUCUCGGAAGCAGAGAAAAGCACUCUGGAUCUCAAAGACCCCAAUCGGCCCAGAUUCACUCUGCAAGAGCUCCGGGACGUAUUGCACGAGAGGAACGAGCUGAAGUCGAAGGUUUUCCUGCUUCAAGAGGAGCUUCUGUAUUACAAGAGCGACGAAUUGGACGAAGAGACGCGAUCGGCUCAAUCUGCGGCCAUUCUUAAUUCCAAACCGUUGACUCAGCAAGAAUCCGGCAUCAAACGGCUAUUUAGCUUCUUCUCCCGCGACAAGAGACGCCUGCAAGCUACCCAGCGAAACCCCUCCUUCCACGGCUCCUUCGGCGAGUGGGCCGACCGAAACAAAGACGACGUCUACACCGAACAAGGUUUAGAAGCUCUGCAGCACCUGUGACCCAAACCCAGAACUCCCGCUUAUACCGAGGCGCCGAACGCAGAAGCACAUAAGCCCCUCGGGUGGCGAAUGGCGCCGGUCCACCCACUCUACCCAUCUUUCCAGGCUGUUGUCAGCUCAGGGUGCGGGGAAAGAUGCAUUAAACCAGAAUUAGCGCUCCAGAUUCGUCCUGCAAGCAAUGGAAUCGCCGUCUGGAUUUGGGAAGCAAAAUGCAAUAUGCCAUCGUUUUUGACUUCUGCUGACUUGUGGGUGAACGUCACAUCACCAAUGCUUCCCUUUAUCCGUUUCCCCUCUCAACAUUUUUUUAAAAAAUAGGAUCUGGGCCAUUCCUGAAGAAAUUCCCUGCUAAGGACCGAUGAUCUUUAGACACACCCUUAUUUGAAGGGCAUUUUUUUUUAAAAAAAUAAUAUUAUUUUGUUCCCCUCUUCCCCUCUGCUUCCGCCUGCUAAAACUUCCUGCUCCACAUCUCAAGCAGAGUUUUGCAGAAACCUUCUGGCAUUACUUCUGGAAAGGGGAGCUGCUCUCUUUAAACACAGAUUCAGGAGGAGAUAUAUUUUGUGGCUUAUUUAUAGUGCCUGCAACGUGCUGCCUUGUGUUUUGCUCUGAAUUCUUUUGACAUGGGAUGGCGACUGAACAACUGAAAUCUAUCUUAAUCCUUUUUUUUCCCCCUUUUAAUUACGAUUUUCACCGACCUUUGCAGCAGCA